AUGACCAACAAGACUGAUGAGGUGUCAGCCAAUGCUGUUGAGGAUGGAAAGAACAUGCAGUUAGAUCCAGUCACUGGUGACAUGGUAUCCAAGAGUGAGUUGAAGAAGCGAAUAAAAGCUCGUGAAAAGGAAGGCAAGAAGGCUGCAACUGCAGCUUCUGCUCCAACAAAAUCAUCAACACUCAAAACUGAGGGUGAUGCCGCUGCUGAAGACGAGGAAAUGGAUCCCUCAAAGUUUUUUGAGCAUCGCUCUAAAACGGUCAAGCACUAUAAAGCUACUAACUCACCAAACCCAUAUCCACAUAAAUUCCACGUAUCCAUGUCGAUCCCAGCAUACAUUGCAAAGUACUCUCACAUCCAGCCUGGUGAGCAUCUUGAGGAUGCGAUAACCUUGGCAGGACGUAUCCAUAAUAAGAGAACAUCAGGUGCCAAGCUUGUCUUUUAUGACUUGCACGGAGAAGGCGUCAAGGUACAGGUCAUGGCAAAUUUCCAAGACUGUGAAGCUGACUUUGCUACUCAACAUCGAGUACUGAGUCGUGGUGAUAUAAUUGGAGUAAGAGGUUAUCCGGGAAAGUCAAAGAAGGGUGAACUCUCCAUCUUCCCUAAAGAAGUAACACUACUAGCUCCAUGUCUACACAACUUGCCCAAAGCCCACUUUGGAUUCCGGGAUCAGGAAUCCCGAUAUCGGAUGCGUUAUCUCGACUUGAUUAUGAACAACGAAGUCCGUGAUAAAUUUAUAGCACGAUCGAAGGUUAUAAACUAUGUAAGACGCUUUUUAGAUAAUCUAGGCUUUUUGGAGGUUGAAACACCCAUGAUGAAUAUGAUUGCUGGAGGUGCUACGGCCAAACCUUUCAUCACCCAUCAUAAUGACUUGAAGAUGGACCUGUUUAUGCGAAUAGCCCCAGAGCUAUACUUGAAGCAGCUUACUGUAGGUGGUCUCGAUCGAGUAUACGAGAUUGGUCGACAAUUCCGAAAUGAAGGUAUCGACUUGACUCACAACCCUGAAUUCACCACUUGUGAAUUCUAUAUGGCCUAUGCGGACUUCUUUGACCUUAUCGACAUCACCGAAGCUAUGCUAUCGGGAAUGGUCAAACAUAUCACGGGUAGUUAUAUAAUCAAAUAUCACCCGCAAGGCAAGGGAAAUGGAGAGCCAUUGGUGAUUGACUUUACACCUCCAUUCCGUCGUGUAAGUAUGAUAGAAGAACUUGAACGUCUAUUGAAGGUCACAUUCCCUUCAGCGGACAAGCUGGGUGACGAACAGGGCACCAAGUUCCUGUCUGAUCUAUGUAUUAAGCAUAAGGUUGAAUGUAGUGCUCCUCGAACCAGUGCACGUCUAUUAGACAAGCUUGUCGGUGAUUUUAUUGAGGUCCAGUGUAUCAAUCCAACCUUCAUCACGGAACAUCCUCAAAUGAUGUCGCCAUUGGCCAAGUACCAUAGAUCAAAGCCAGGAUUAUGUGAACGAUUUGAACUUUUCGUCGCAACAAAGGAAGUAUGUAAUUCAUAUACAGAGUUGAACGAUCCGUUUGAACAAAGAGAUCGAUUCGAGCAACAAGCUCGUGAUAAGGCUAUGGGUGAUGAUGAAGCUCAAAUGGUUGACGAAGUGUUUUGUAACGCUUUAGAGUAUGGAUUGCCUCCCACUGGUGGCUGGGGUCUUGGUAUUGAUCGAUUGACCAUGUUCCUCACGGACUCGAACAAUAUCAAAGAGGUGUUGCUCUUCCCAGCAAUGAAGCCUGAAACCCAACAUGAAAAGGCCCGUCGCGACAUGAUUGCCAUUGGUAAGGAAGACACUGACGACACUGCCUGA